AUUGACAUUGACAGCAUUCUUGCUGCCGUGCCACACUUGACACAUGGUCCAGGUGGUGUCGUUGCAGUCGUCAAAGAUGGUGCAUUGCUGGGCCAGCGUGCUUGGGGAUAUGCCGACCUUGACCGUCGCAUCCCAAUGACGAGCAAGACACAGUUCCCUAUCUGCUCAAUCUCCAAGCAGAUGGUCUGCUUGGCCAUGGAGUCUUUGUUGCGUGACCCUACGCCACUGAUGGUCGAGCGCAAUUGCGAUGCUGCAAAACAGUUUCAAGACGAGCUUCAGAAGCUGUUGCCAAAUCUUAAGUGCGGUGGUGAAGACGGUGUUACGGUGCCUGAUCUGUAUAACAUGCAGUCGGGUAUACGCGACUACUGGGCACUCUCAUACAACUGUACACAGANNACCACUCUUUGGGGCGCUCGUCCUGAUGACAAGUUCUCCUUGCUGCAUGAUGCUCCUCAAGCGCUUGAACGGAUCAAAAGCUAUCACUUCGCUCCUGGCACUGAAUACUCCUAUUCCAACGUGAACUUCCACGUCCUUGGCCGGAUCAUGGAGAACGUCUCUGGCCUCUCGCUUGCUCAAUUGCUUACACAGAGACUGUUUAUUCCUGCAGGCAUGAAGACAGCCAGUCUUUGCGCCAACACAAAUGGAUUGCCGUUGCCCAUUGUCGGUUACGAAGGAAAUGACAAGGUAGGAUACUUUGCAGCGACCAACCGUAUCGAGUGGGGUGGUGAUGCUGGUAUUGCUGCCUCGCUCGAAGACAUGAUCGCCUACGAAAUUUAUCUGGAUCAAGGUCUGUCAGACGGCACAAGUCUGUACGCACAGACAUCCAAGGAGCAAAAAUUCCGCGAUGGUACACCAGCUGGCUACGGAUACGGUCUCAAGCGACUCAAAGUCGCCGGACAGUCAGGUAUUGGACAUGGCGGCGCACUCCGUGGCUUCCGACACGCAAGAGUGCAGAUCCCAGCGAAGCGUCUCUCCGUAGUGGUCAUGCACAACUUUGAGACAUCGCCAGCAGCUCCUCUCGAGUUGAUCGUGAAGAAAGUCUGUGAUAUACAAGAGCCUGAACCUCAGACGGUCAGUGUGCCUGCUGCUUGGAAGGGACACUUCUUCGACGAAGAAACUCAGCUUUACGUUGCAGUAGAAGAAGGCAGCAGAGAGAAGCCUGGCACCAUCUUGGUUAGCUAUGGUCCUGGUACGGGCGCUGAAGUUGCCAGACUAGUCUCGGAAACGGAAGCAGAAUCAGAUGGCAUGAAACUAACUCUGAAGGGAGAUAUUCUCCAUGUCAACCGACUUGACGACAAUAGACUUUUGAAAGCCGUACGACUGCAAGCUGUGGACAAANAGGAUAUGGGCCAAGCUUCUAGCAACAACAUUGUUGGAGUGUACAGAAGCAAAGAAAGUGAUAGUGUUUUCACAGUGUCAGGAGAGCGUGGUGCGCUGUACGGAUCUUUCGAUGGCUUCCUUGGACGUGGACCUAUCUGGAUCAUGCGACAGAUUGGAAAGGAGCAGAUCUGGGCAUUGGGCAACCCAAGAGGUCUUGACGCGACUCCACCAGGUGAUUGGACUGUGGUCUUCAAAGACCAGAAGGAUGAUAUGUACAACAGAGUCACUGUCGGCUGCUGGCUCGCUCGCAAGGUCGAAUAUGUUAGACAACAG